AUGGCACAUGCUGAAUUUAGAGAAAUUGAGACGAAUAGAAAACGAAAGAAGGCUGACAGUUCACUUGACGAUUUUGACGAACUGGACGCAAGUUCCAGCAAACGUUAUCGUGAAGAGUUGCUGAAACAAACAACUGAUUUGCAGUAUCAACUUCACAAAUUGGAGAAAGAGAAGGAGCGAGCGGUUAAAAUUCAAAGUGAUCUCAUCAAGAAAUAUCGUGCAAUCGUGACCGCAUUGUCAGGUUUGCAGAUCAAAAUGAAGGGAGAAGAUUUGGUGCAGGUGGAGAGUAUCUUCGAGCCUGGACAAUUCUUUGUUUUUAAAGUGGAAAAUUGGGGCAAAUCAAUAAGUCUUCUGGAGACCGAUUACGCGGCGAAAUGGUCGAGUCAAAUCGAAGAGUAUCUGGGAGGUCGUAACUCAACACCAGCUUUUCUGGCUGCCGUCACACUGGCACUCGAUGAGAAAUCGCAGAGUGCAAGCAGUGUGCACUCAUUCAAUUUCUCUGAUUGA